UGAAGAAUGUCUCCUGGAAAUGGCUCUUUUGUGACUGAAUUCAUUCUGGCGGGGCUAACAGACUGGCCAGACCUCCAACUCCCUCUCUUCUUCCUAUUUCUGGUAAUGUAUAUGGUCACUGUGUUGGGAAAUUUGAGUUUGAUAACUCUAAUUGGGCUGAAUCCACAUCUUCACACCCCCAUGUACUUUUUCCUCUUUAACUUGUCCUUCAUUGACCUCUGUUACUCUUCUGUCUUUACACCCAAAAUGCUGAUGAACUUUGUAUUAAAGAAGAAUAUAAUCUCCUACAGAGAAUGCAUGACCCAACUCUACUUUUACUGUUUUUUUGUGAUUUCGGAAUGCUAUUUGUUGAUGUCAAUGGCCUAUGAUCGCUAUGUAGCCAUCUGCAGUCCACUGUUGUACAAUUUAGCCAUGUCCCCUAAGGUGUGCUCCAACCUUAUGCUUGGUUCUUACUUGAUGGCAUUCUCUGGUGCCAUGGCCCACACUGGAUGCAUGCUGAGGCUGACCUUCUGUGAUGUGAACAUCAUCAACCACUAUUUCUGUGACAUCCUCCCUGUGAUGCAGCUCUCCUGCACCAGCACCUAUAUCAAUGAGCUGGAGGUUUUCAUUGUGGCGGGCAUCAACAUCAUUGUGCCCAGUCUCACCAUCAUUAUUUCCUAUGGCUUUAUCAUUUCCAGCAUCCUCCGAAUAAGCUCCACUGAGGGCAGGUCCAAAGCCUUCAGUACCUGCAGUUCCCACAUAAUUGCUGUCUCUCUGUUCUUUGGAUCAGGUGCAUUUAUGUAUCUUAAGCCAUCUUCUGCUGGGUCGAUGGAUGAGGGCAAAAUCUCCUCUGUCUUUUAUACCAAUGUUGUUCCCAUGAUGAACCCCUUGAUCUACAGCUUGAGAAACAAAGAUGUCAAAAUUGCCCUGUGGAAAACCCUGAGCAGGAGAGAGUUUUGA